AACAAUACCAAACAAUGUUCUCAAAGUUCACUUCCAUCGUCCUUCUGGUAGCUGUUGCUGGCUGCAGCGCUUCGGGAGGAUCCUCGAGCUUCUUUUACGGAGUAUCAGAUCCCAACACCGGAGACAUAAAAGACCAACACGAAAAGCGAGUAGGAGACAGUGUUGUUGGACAAUACUCAUUGCUUGAAGCUGAUGGCACCAAACGUACCGUUGAAUAUUCCUCUCAUCCUCAAACUGGAUUCAAUGCUGUAGUCCGUAAGGACCCACCUUAUGGCGUCCACCCACCAUCAGCAGUAGGAUAUAAUGGAAUUGCCUCAGCUCUCGGAGGAUACGCCGGUAACAAUCCUUUAGCAUAUGGAGGACUAAACGCAUGGAACCCUGCUGCAAAAUCAGGAUAUGGCAGUCCCUUAGUUGGGGCUUACGGUGGAUACAAUGGCGCUAAUGGGUGGACUCAAAACUAUCCUGCGAACGUUGGAGUCAAUGGAUGGCCAAACAACUAUGGCGCUGCUGGAGUAUAUGGCGGCAACGGAUGGUCUUCUACUUCUGUCACCUCUUGGCCUAAUAAGGCUGCUGCUAACGUGUGGCCUAGCAACGUAGGAGCCAAUCCUAGUCCAAAUGUUUGGCCAAGUGCGGCAGCUGGUGUUGGCGCUUGGCCCCAAAGUUAUGGUGCCAAUGGAGUCCAUGGUUCUAACGGAUGGUCUCAAGGUUAUGGAGCAGCUGGGUACGCUGGCUACGGUAACCGCUUAGGAUGUGUAUGCUAUGCUAUUAUAUUUCUAGACUUCUCCUGGUUGUGCACAACUUCAUACUGUAUAUUCGUCGUAGUUCUCGCCUUCGUGGCCGCAGCUCAAUGCUCCGUAGUGCCAGUGGCGCGAGUAGACGCCGACUACACCAGCUUCGCAUACGACGUGGCCGACCCCAACACCGGCGACUUCAAGAGCCAGGUGGAGACCCGCGUGGGCGGCAACGUGGCCGGCCAGUACUCGCUGCUCGACGCUGACGGCACCAAGCGCACUGUGGACUACACCGCCGAUGAUGUCAAUGGGUUCAACGCUGUGGUGCGCAAGGACCCCGCUGUUGUCGCUGCUGCUCCUGCUGUGGUAGCUGCCGCCCCCGCGGUAGUGGCUGCCCGCACUGUCGCCGCCCCCGCUGUGUACGCACGCACAUACGCCGCGGCUCCCGCAUACUACGCUGCCCGCUCCUACGCCGCUCCCGCCGUCUACGCUGCCAGCGCUCCUGUUGUCGCCGCGCGCACCGUUGCUGCUCCCGUCGCGUACACCACUGGCGCCCGCCUGGCCUACACUGCUGGAACCCCAGUAGCUUACGCCGCUGGUACUCCAGUAGCCUACUCAGCCGGAGCUCGUUUCGUCGCUCCCUCUGUGUACGCCGCCCGCGUGUCUGCCGCCCCCGCGGUGUACUCCGGUGCCGCCUACUACGGAUCUCCUCUGACCUACGCCGCCUACUCCGCUCCUGUCUCGUACUGGUAA